CGCGGGGAGCUCGGGCGCGUCGCCGGCCGCGGCGGCGGAGGAGCACCUCGCUGGGCAGGCGAACGGCGCGAUGCCUCUGACGGCGACAGACUUCCAGAGCACUGGCGGCCUGAGCAAGGCGGCCCUGUGGCGCUACGUGCGCGGCAUGGGCGUAGGAUAUGCGGGCCUCUGCAUCGGCCUGGCAGUUGCCACUUACUGUGCCAUGGGCUUCACAGAUCGGUGGCUCGCGGUGUGGGUUGCUGCGGCGGAGGCGGCCAAGGACCCAACUAGGAAGCCACUGAAUUGGAAUAACGUGUUCUGGAACGCAACCCCCCUGAUUCUCAGCCCGCCCCAGAGGGAAGCAGGGGUGUUGCAGAGAGAAGCAUGGUUGGACUUCGUGCGACGUUGGCGCGGCGUCAGAGUCCAGCGGAAAUGAGUAGAAAAGAGCAGACACUCACGUCGUUUCUUGUGUAUCAGACCCAGCGGCAAGGAAGACGGUGGCCUUGACCACACGAUGUACGCCGUCGUCCACGUCGGCGGCAGCAUGAUCUUCGUCAGCCUGCUUUUCUGGGUGUCCUACGCUUUCGCGGAGGGCGGGGUGCGCAGUUCGAAGACCCUCCACCAGCUCUGCCUCGAACGGCUAAUGUACGCUCCCCUGGGCUGGUUCGAGAGCGUACCCAGCGGGAGGAUCAUGUCUCGCUUCUCGAGCGACGUGUCUAUGGUGGACCAGGCGGUGGCGCAGUGGGCAGACAACAUUGCGCAGCUCACGUGCACGCUGACGCUGCUCGUCGUUGUCACGAUCUCCGUGGCACCGGUGUGUGCCUUUCCUUUCGCGGCAUGCUUUGGGCUUUUCGCGUUCCUGAUGUGGGCUACCAUGAAACCGGCCCGGGAGUUGAAGCGCGCCACAAUCGACGCCAUGUCUCCAGUGCUGUCUAUCGUCUCGCAGACAGCUGAAGGCAGGCAGUCUUUGCGGAGCAUGGGGCUGACACAGCUGACGUCUGAGAUGCUCUGCGAAGCCCUGGACACCUACACCAAGUUCUUUCGUGCCGCACAACUUCCGGUGGACUUUAGCAUGGUGGCCUGCGGCGCGAUCUCCGUGCUGGUCGGCUGCUCCACCGCCGUGUUCUGCGCAUUGGGCCGGGACCAUCUGGACCCCGCGUUCAUGGCGCUUGCUUUGACCUACAGCUUCCUGGUGCCGUACUUCCUGGCGUUCUACGGGGACGUGCUGAACCGCCUGCUCGUCGGCCUCUCGGGCCUGGAGCGGCUAAUGCACUACGCCGAGCUGGAGCAGGAACCGCCCCGGCACAUGCCGAACGAGGAGGUCCUCGCGGGGCCGGCAUGGCCUCGCGCGGGGCUGCUCGAGUUCGAGGGCGUCUCCCUGGUGUACAGGUCACGCGCGAUAGCGGGCUGCUGCCAGGCCUCGGCGCGCCUCCUGUCCAUCUCACCGCCCUAG